AGGUGGCCGGCUCCCGGGGCUCGGGGGCUCCGAGCUGGCGGCGGCUCGGGGAGGAGAAGCCGGGCCGGCUUGGGUCGGGCCGGGGCGUCCGUCCCUUCCUCCGGCCAGCCUCGCCAUGCAGGGCCCCGCCGGCAACACGAGCCGCGGAAUGACGGGUGGGCCGCCCCCCACGGCCUCGGCCGGGGCCGGCGAGCGGGGCUGCGAGAACGGCGCCUUUAUGGACAGCUUCGGCAUCUUCCUGCAGGGGCUGCUCGGAGUUGUGGCCUUCAGCACCUUAAUGCUCAAGCGCUUCAGAGAACCAAAGCAUGAAAGGCGUCCAUGGAGAAUAUGGUUUCUAGACACUUCAAAACAAGCCAUAGGAAUGUUGUUCAUUCACUUUGCAAAUGUCUAUUUAUCAGAUCUUACUGAAGAGGACCCUUGUUCACUAUAUCUUAUCAACUUUCUCCUCGAUGCCACCUUGGGGAUGCUGCUUAUCUACGCAGGCGUGCGAGCCGUCAGUGUUCUGGUGGAGUGGCAACAGUGGGAGUCUCUUCGGUUUGGCGAAUAUGGAGACCCACUGCAGUGUGGUGCCUGGGUUGGGCAAUGUGCUCUGUACAUCGUGAUCAUGAUGUUUGAGAAAACCAUCAUCAUCAUCGUCCUCCUCAUACCUCAGUGGAAAAAGGUUGCCCUUUUGAAUCCUAUUGAGAACCCUCAACUGGAGCUGGCCAUUGUCAUGCUGAUAGUCCCGUUCUUUGUCAAUGCGCUGAUGUUUUGGGUUGUGGAUAAUUUUCUUAUGAAAAAGGGAAAGACAAAAGCCAAGCUAGAAGAAAAAGAAGCCAGCUUGGACUCAAGAAAUGGAAGUAAAGUCCGGUACAGGCGGGCCGCGUCCCACGAAGAGUCAGAGUCUGAAAUUCUGAUGUCUGCGGAUGAUGAGAUGGAAGAGUCAGAUGCCGACGAGGACCUCCGAAGAUUGACCACCUUGAAGCCUGUGAAAAAGAAGAAGCACCGAUUUGGGCUGCCCGUAUGACACGCUCCCUGGCCUGGGGCCUGCGGCCAUGGUCACUCUGAACUGGCGGGCUUUCGUUCUGCAGUGUCACCUGACCUCUGCCCUUCCCGCUCCUCACCUCUCCCCUUCCUGCUCCCCUUUCCUCUUUUACUGCUGUCCUGCCUUCUCUGACACCCAUGACGUGGACCAAGGGAGGGAGAACAAGUGCCCCGAGGAGGCCAUGGCAUUUGGAGACUACAAUUCUGUUGCACUACAAACACUGACCUAAUAUGCAACCGAGGUUUGGUUUGGGUCUCCUCCAUCCAUCUGGUGUAUCCAGUGUUGUCAGGGACCAAAAUUACACCGGCCUUUGUCCGGCUCAACAGAGCUGCCGAAGAGGAUGACGCGUGUGUGCUCGCACAGCUCAUGUGCCCAUGCUCUCUCUCUCACACACACACACACACACACACACACACACACACACUCUCAGACUGCAGCUGCCUCCUUUCAGUUCUGUGGGGAAUGACGGGAUGAGUCACAUUGGGAGGAAAAAGUAAUCCAGAUUGAUCACGUUGGAGCCAGUAUGUUUUCUUACUAUAAAGAAGUGGCUUUUGCAGAAAUUAAUUCCUAGAACCCAGGAUAGUUUUAUGGUUAUAAGCCUUAACGAUGUUGAUGUUUUUAAGUCUCUGUGUUUGUUUUCCUACAAGGUACCUAUGGAAUCGAUAGGAAGAACAUAGAUUUUUUUUUUUUAAGUCUUCUCUAUCCUAUUGGACUUUUAUAAUUUAAGUUAUAUUUUCAUACUGUUCUAUUUAAGGAUUCUUUUUUUAACCACCACCAAAAAAGAAAAGAAAAGAGAUGGUCUGUUUACCUUUCAAGUAAUGUCUAGGUGGGGAAAAAGUCAGAAGGUUUGCUUCAGAAUAAUUUAAUUGUUUCAUGGCUUUGCAGUUAGGCAAAGGGCUCAGGAAAGAAGCCAGUUCUCAGCUGUAAUCCCUAAACCAUGUACCGCUUAAUGUCAUCCUCAAGCAAUGGAGUCCCUAUUCUAUCUGGCCAGAAUUCCCAUGCUUUCUCUGCAGAUUUAGGCCAUCAUAAGCACCUUGCAGUAAAAUGGUCAGGUAAAAGGGGUUCAUUCACCAUAAAGGAAGAUUUAAAUCCUGAUGAGCAACAUUACAAUCCAUUUGGCUGAGCCCGUAGUAUGUUCUCAAACUGCCUCUCUUUUAAUUCCUUCUUCAUUCUCCCCAAAUACAACAGACUCAAGUAUGAACCCAGAUUUCUUCUCACGUGCAGAGAUUCAGGCUGCAGAACCGGCCAAAAAAUCCUUCCUUAAUGCUUUUCUGAAUCCCAAGAUUGUCAGCCUAUUUUGCACAUUCUGAUCAUUCUCUUCCUAAGCUUCCCCAUGUUUUCCAAUUUUUUUUUUUUGAUUGACAGAGGUGAGAGAGAGCCUCAGGGCUUCUUUGGAUCUGCAGAUAGGAGCUUCCAGGUUUGCAUUUGCCAUUUUCAUAAGUCCAGCGCAUGCCCUCAGAUGGGCUUCAGGCACCUGGGACUCAGUGCAUUUCUUAAUAACAGACCAGUUUGCAAAAAUGUUUUCUUCCUCAUGUGGAGCCCCAGGCAGGGAGCAGCAGCAGAGGCAUUUGUCACAGCUGAGACAUCAGGGUGGCAAUGUAGAAGGAAAUAGUAGAAUGACUUCUCUGCACUCUGAAGAGCAGCUGUUCCCAGGCUUAAGCCAGACAAAUUCAGUGAAUAACAACUCGCUUUUUAAAAGAUAUUUUUAAAUGUUUUACAUACACAUAUUAGGUCUGGAUUGUGGUGUGUUAAAUAGGCUGCUAAGCAGGCUCCCACAGGACCUCAGAGAAUAUUGAACUGUUACGCUCCCAUGUUUUCUUGCUAUUCUAACAUUCCUAUUUGUUGACCUAUGGGCAGUGAGCAAGUCUUGAUGGAGAUUUCCCAGCUGUACUAUGCCUUGUGCCAAGCACCCAGCAAGAGACUUGUUCCCCACCCUGACACAAAGAACUGAGGGGAGCCACUGACCUGUAACUGUGCUUUUACACAUCCUCUUUGCAAUAAGAAGUGAUUUGUUGUUCUUGUGUAAUCUGUUCCAUCUGAGAACUUGGUUGCAGGGGCUGAGAGCGAAGGGGAAUCCUGCCCCUGACUUUAUUCCUUUCACCAUCCCCUUAUUCUGCUCUUACCCUCCCCCCAUGGCUGUAUAGUCAGCUUCUCCUAAGGCAGGAGAGAAAGCAGCAUUUGGGGAAGCCAGUUCCAAUCCCAUUUCUGGGCAGUCAUCUGUGAGAUCCAGAAAAGAGACUCAGUGUGUUCAAAGGCAUCAGGAUUUAGGAAGACUGACACAGAUUUUCCUACCUAUAGGAAGUGACACAUGGUCUUUCUAAAUACCCUUUUCCCUGAUGCUCUUCCCUGGCAGUUUGAACAGCAUAUAUAGCUACUUUGUUCCCUCUAUCCCUUUGGAUUCAGAGCAAUUUUCUGCCCAGGGUGUCUGAUUUUGAGUUUUGUUUUAACCUUUAGCUAAGUCUAUACAAACCAUCUAUUCCCUAUUUUUAAAAAGCCUUAAUCAUGUAAAAUGUGUUAAAUUAUGUGUUAACACAGACCUCAGAUGAUCCACAACAUUGCAGCAAUGGUAUAUGAGGGAAAGGAGCAGGGGCAAAGAGGAGAGAGAUGGUGAGAUUGUGGUAUGUUUUUCUUUGAAUUGUUUUUAAUAAAUGCUUUGAGAUCUCUGGGUAGCUGACUAACAGGGUGAUGUGGUCAGGCCUUGAAAGCCAAAGACCAUUGGGAAUGCGGGUUCCCUGCUCUCUGAAGAUAGGAUAUAGGGUUUUCUUAAAAGGUCUCUUGGUGAUUAGUUUAUCCAGCAUGACUCCACCAAUUUUUGGCCAUACUCUAAACAGGUAGUCCCCAGCCUUUGGUUCAGUAUCCCAGGAAGACAUUGGAGAGCAGUGACAGGGCUUCCUUCCAUCAGGGUGUGAAGUAUCCUAUACAAAACAUCACUUGGGGUACAGCUAAUAGCUACAGGGUGCUCAUCCCCAUUGUCAUAGAUAUCCCGGAGGAAGCAUUAUUUAACAACUUGGGCUUUUUUUGAGGAGCAAAGUAAAGCAGACUUAAGUCUUAUUAAUAUUAAUCUGAUCCAGUGUCCAAAAGUGACUGGUGAUCAGUCCUUUACAUAGAGAUUGGAUUCAAGAGCAUAGGGUAAUACGUGUCAUGUUGGUAUAUUUGUCAGAAAUGAGGGGACUAGACUGCAGUUUUCAUAUGAUGAGAUAUGAAAGUAGCUUAGAUCUGUCUAUAAUAGCUUUGUGUACAGAGGGCUAUCUGUGGCUGAGCUGCAUUGAGGAAACUUCAAAGCUCAACUGAACCACAUUCCCCAUUCUCCUCUUUUCCCGCUGGACUGUCAUGUGUUAAUGUCUACUUAUCUUGCCUUUUUCUUCAGGGAAAAAAAAAAAAACUUAGAAUCAAGACUUCUCCCAGACAGUGCAAAUUGGUGCCUUUUGCUGGCACUAGCCCCAGGCACGGCUUGCAGUCAGGUCUCAGAAGACUCCGUUGGGAGCCUUCGGAGAAUGUGGCCACCAAUGAUACCCACCACUGUGCUUCACUAACCUGCCAUCCAUGGGGCUUUUUUUUUUUUUUUUUUGGCAGCAGAAUAAACUGAAGGGUGAAGCAACCCAACUGUGCUACAGAGUAGGGGAAAUUUCUAUAAGAAAGUUUUCAGAUGUUCCUAACAAAAAUGGAAAACUGAUUUUACAGUGUCACUUUUCCAAAGGGAUUGUUUUCCUUUGAUGUGGGACCUAAUUCUUAUUGGGAAUAGGUUGGGUUUUGUCUCAUUUGGUUUGGGGUUAUUGGUAUCUGAAUGUUGAGCUCUCAAGAGGUUUCAUUUGAACUUUCUUUUGAUGAAUAAAUUAGGAGUUGGAUCUUUGUGAGCAAAAAAACCUUGAUAGGAUACUGCUGCAUUUGAUGGUAUUGUCCAAUCAGUGGUGUUACAUUUAAAAAAAGAAAAAAGAAAAAAAAUUUUAAGUGUAAGGGAAGAUAAUGUACUUACAUUGUAUAAUGGUUUACAAUAAAGUUUGACACCUUAUUACCAAUUUUUUAAAAACAAA